UGAAGUCCUGCUGCUCAACGGAAAAACAAUUCAAACUCAUAUAUCAGGAGCAAGGACAGUAUAGUUUCUAGCACAUUAUUUUAGCAAAUAAUUUUUUGUAUUUCUUGUAUUUUCACUCACUUUGUGUUAGACAUUGGGGGUAAAAAAAAAUGUCUACAGCAUUAGAAGUGACUGGAUUCUUCAUGUGUUUGGUCGGGUGGAUUGUAACUGGCCUUGCUGUGGCUAAUGACUACUGGAAGAUAUCUAGCGUGCAAGGCACAGUGAUCAUUUCGAACCGCCUCUAUGAGAACUUGUGGCAUGCUUGUGGUGAGGACAGUUCUGGAAAGGCCAACUGCCAAGAUUUUCAAUCCAUGUUGGCUUUGCCAGUUCAUAUUCAGGCAUGUCGAGCAUUAACGAUCAUCACCCUGAUCCUGGGGUUGGUCGGUAUAAUUUUGUCUACCAUGGGACUGAAGUGCAUUAAGAUUGGGUCAAAAACAGAUGAGUCAAAAGGCAAAACUAUGGUCAUUGGUGGCAUUAUCUUCAUCCUUGCAGGUCUUUGCACUAUGGUGGCCGUAUCUUGGUACGCUGCACGGAUUGUUGCAGAAUUCAACGACCCAUUUUAUGGUGGCGUCAAGUGAGAAGUCCAACAUUUAUACACAUACCCAAAUGCACAUACAUUUACUUAUCUAAAUAGGGAUAUUACAUAGACUUCUUUUG